CUACACAAUUUGUAAGAGGAAAUGAAAAGGUGUCCCAUCUUUCCCCAUCCUACUAUAUAAUGUAUAUAUAUAUAACUAUUUCAUUUUAUGAAAUGUUACUAAAACUGUAUUACAAAAAUCGAGUUCAACCGUGCUGUAUUAAUUUAAAGGGACAGAUAUUACAAUCACAGCCAUUUCUUUUUAUGUAUAGUUUUUUCUUUUUUGACUCUUGUUUUUACCUAUUUGCUAUUUCACUUUACUUUAUUCACUAUUAAUUCAAGAAUCUUGUAGUGCUUUCAUGAUUAAGCCUAUUGAAUUUAUUCUUGCACAAUUUUUAGUUCUGCAUGUUUUAUAGAAGCUAAAUCUGUUCUCACAUUUUUACAGCGAUAUUUGUAAAAAAUAGGGAAAAUUUUACGCAAGUAUUAUCUGUAACUGAAAAGUCAUGCCAAGAAGAAAGCAAGAACCAAAAAAGGUUGCAGAACCAGAGAGUAAAAGACAAAAAGAAGAAGCUUCAUCAGAUGAAAAUGGGAAAGAUAAAAUAUUAAUUGUUCCUUCUGAAGAUUCAAAAGAAAACAAAAUAUUGCUGUCACUACCUGAAAAUAGUGGAGAGGUGUUAAUAUGUGGAGGGACUAACUGGAGUGUUAACAGUAGAAAGAAAGCAAGGAAAGGGGAUGAAAAAUAUGAAAAUGUUGGGAAAAAUUUGUUCAAGCCUCAUCGGUAUAAAUCGUUGGUUGGAAUCAAAGUGAGUCGAGUUAUCACGGGAUGUUGUUCGAAUCAUAACUUGAUUAUCACCAAUGAAGGGAACGUUUAUUCAUGGGGUCGAAACGAAUGUGGUCAACUUGGCCACGGUAAUAGAGUUAGAUACGAUUCUCCUAAACCUAUCGAUUCAUUGCAAUCAUACAAAGUGGUGAAUGGAGCAACAGGGAAAAACCACACGCUGUGUUUGACUGAAAAUGGCGAUGUGUUCGCUUUUGGGGAUAAUGCUCAAGGCCAACUUGGUUUAGGUAAUCUGAGCACAAACGUACCAAGCCCAACCCAUAUAGCUUACAAAGGAAACCCCAUAGUAGAUGUAUCAUGUGGUGGGGAGUUUAGUGUUAUACUGGAUUGUGAAGGUUAUGUUUACUCCUUUGGUUGCCCAGAGUAUGGCCAGCUAGGAAACAACACUGAUGGAAAAUAUUUUGCUUCUGGAAACAAGAUGGCGUUCGAUAACGUGAAGAAUGCUUUCCGUAUUCCAUUGUGGGUGGAAAAGUUAAAGGGGGGGCAAGUUCUGCCUUUGAAUGAUGUGAAAAUAACGAGCAUUUCUUGCGGAAAUAAUCAUGUGGUGGCAUUAGACUCCAAAAAGCGGGUGUUCACGUGGGGUUUUGGUGGGUAUGGUCGGCUGGGUCACUCGGAACAAAAAGACGAACAUACCCCUCGUUUACUGACUGUGUUCGAACGAGCGGGACGAGGUGCUGUGCAAGUUUACGCCGGAUAUUCUUUCUCUAUUGCAUUGAAUGAAAUGGGCUCUACUAUGUUCUGGGGUCUACAAGGCAGCAUCAGUAGUCGUGAAACAACCAUGUAUCCAAAACCGCUCCCAGAUUUGCAGGGUUGGGAAAUAAGAAGUAUUGGCUGUGGUUAUCGUCAUACUGUUGUUGCUGCAGAUGAAAGCGUUAUAGUAUGGGGAACGGGAACCUCAAAUGGAGAAUUGGGGUUGGGUGAAUCUCGCAAAUCGAGCGCAAAUCCUGAUCUAAUGAAAAGUGCAAGCAAUCUUUUUAUUCAGCGUGUAUCAUGUGGGCAAACACACACACUAAUGAUAGCCAGAAAUAAAGAUGAAAAAGACCAAGCUGCUCUAGAUGAAAUACCACUGUAUGACCCAAAACAUUGUCCAUGAAUUUUGAGGGAAAUUAAGUUACUAAAAUGAUAGUUCAAAAAAUGCUUUAACAUAAAUACAGAAGCAAUUUGAUAAGUCUGUACUACUUGUUUCUAGCUUCAAAUAUUUGAACUAAAUGUAAAUAACUAGAAAUUUUCAAUUCGUAGGAAUUUUCAAUUUCUAGUUUGAUUUUUUACCUUGUCUGUUUUUGAACUUCAUCUCAACUAUUAAAUUUACAAAUGAAAAAUCUUUAAAAUACCGGUCAUUAAAAAUUUGUGGGUGUAAUUUGUUUGCAACUUUGUCUGUCUUGUUUUUUGUUUGACUGCCCAGCUAAACUAAAAAGCUAAAAAAGUUUACUGCCCAGCUAAGUAAUUCCAAUCAUCAUAAUUAUUUUUUGUUGUUUGCUGCAAAAAUCUUUUUUUUUGUAACUUCUGUGUUUUGAACUAAACUUCAGUGCAUUUGUAAACCAGGGAUGGUUUUCUCAGCUACCGACUAAACUCGUCGCCGCCUAAAUCGUCGGACUAAAAUUAACUUCUGUAAUAAUAAGUAAUGCAUAGAAAUUUAGUCGGUCAACUAUAAAAACGUGGUAACCAAUAGUAACCGGCGAAAGACUAACUUAAGUUGGUAGCCGAGAAAACCGUCCAGAAGUACUAUAUGUCGUGUCAAAAUUGGCUGCAGUUACUUUCUGAGCUAUGCACACUUGUCGAUGAACUUUUUAACAUUCUGAUUAGAUCACUGCAUGCCUUAAGUUCAACUACUAAAACAGCUUUUGAUACGAUUACCUCACUGGCAACUGUGAUUGCUUUUUUUUGGCGAGCGUCCAUUCCAUGUGAUAUCUAAAAUGUGGUUUGGUUAAAAUCAGCCACGCCAAAACCAUUCUGUUCUUUAUUGUUUUCUUUAUUGUAAAAAUACACACUUGAUAAUAAACGGUACUAGAGUGUCAA